AUGUCCUCCUUUCAAGGGAAAGCAACUCCUAUUGAGCCUACCACUAUGAUCGAGAAGGGUGGUCAUCAAGAUGGGGAGCAAUAUGAUCAAAUUCUCCAAUUGUUGAAGAAAGAUACAAAUGAAGUAGUUGUAAGAGUAGUAAGAACAAUUGAUUAUAUUGAGGAACAAGUUUCAGGCUUCCAUGGAAACCAGCAAGCAAAAGCUCAAGACAAGUUUCAGAAGCUAAAGUAUAAAUAUAAUAAUAUUGCAGGAAUUGAUAAGAGGCUUUUUGAAGUAGAAGAGAUUGAUAUUGAAUAUUCUCAUAUUGUUGGAGAUCAUCAUCAUGAAGAAGGAUUGAAGGAGAAAGAUAGAAUUGUGAGAUUGCCAGGUCAGCCUCUGGCUAGGUUUUCUCAGUAUGGAGGCUAUGUGACUGUGAAUGAAGAAGCAGGACGAGCCUUUUAUUAUUAUUUCACUGAAGCUUGUCGUAAUAAGGACAAUCUACCUCUAGUUCUUUGGCUUAAUGGAGGACCUGGAUGUUCAUCUCUUGCCUAUGGAGCCAUGCAAGAACUUGGACCCUUUAGAGUCAACAGUGAUGGCAAAACACUUUUCAAGAACAGAUAUGCGUGGAACUAUGUUGCAAAUGUAUUGUUUGUGGAGUCACCAGCUGGAGUGGGAUUUUCAUACUCAAACGAGACAUCAGAUUAUGACCACAGUGGAGACAAAAGAACAGCUUCAGAUAAUUACAUGUUCUUGUUGAAUUGGUUAAAGAGGUUUCCAGAAUACAAGAAUAGGGAUUUCUACAUUACUGGAGAAAGCUAUGCUGGUCACUAUGUGCCUCAACUUGCUCAAACUAUUCUCCAACAUAACAUCAAAGCUAACAAGACCAUCAUCAACCUCAAAGGAAUCAUGAUAGGGAACGCAGCGAUAAAUGAUGAGACAGAUGAUAAGGGAAUGUACGAUUUCUUAGGAAGCCACGUGAUUAUUUCGAAUUCAACGGCUUAUGAGAUUGAUAAGUUCUGUGAUUUCUCUCCAAAAGCCACAGAUCAACCUAAACGAUGCAAUGAAGCUAUGGAGAAAGUAGAUAAAGAUUCUUACAAUAUUGAUAUCUACAACAUUUAUGCUCCUAUUUGCAACAACCCUAAUCUCACUGCCACCCCCAAUCCCACCUCUAUUGUUUUGGACCCAUGUAAUGAAUAUUAUGUGAUAGCAUAUAUGAAUAGACCUGAAGUUCAAGAGGCACUUCAUGCUAAUGUCACAAAACUGAAGUACGAGUGGUCAACUUGUAGUGUUGUGAUUUCAAUUUGGCAAGAUAGCCCAUCAACCACUCUUCCACUUAUUCAAGAACUCAUGGACCAUGGAAUUAGGGUUUGGAUUUUCAGUGGGGACACAGAUGGAAGAGUGCCAGUUACUUCAACACAAUACUCCCUUAACGCUAUGAAAAUGAAGGUCAAUACUACAUGGCAUCCUUGGUACUUCAAUGGACAGGUUGCAGGAUACACACAAGUGUAUAAGGGAGAGCUAACAUUUGCCACAGUGAGGCAUGCAGGGCAUCAAGUGCCAAGCUACCAGGCAGCUAGAUCGCUCUCUUUGUUCAAACACUUCUUGGAUGGCACUCCUCUUCCUGAUACGACCAGAUAUUAA